CACUUGCAUUGUGCUGUUGUAGCCCACGGGGCAUGAAAACUUCCCGUGAGGAAGGGAGACACGAUGGCACGUUGCAUGGGAAGGAAUCGGUCAGAGUUGAUCGUUUGCCUGUUCGGGGCUUCUAUAGUGGGAUAUUAUAUUUUUAACAGGCAUAAUAAUCCAGGUGACAUAGGUGGAACAAGUUUAAGAGAAGUUCCCAUUGAGCAAGAUAUUGAAAAUGAAUUGCUUAAAAAGCCUGUUUAUGACAAACCGCCGUUGGAUUUAAAUGCCUUAGGAGAACUGGGCAGAGCUGUCAAAUUGAACCUCGUUGGAGAGGAGAAGAAAAAAGAAGAGGAUAGUAUUAAGAAGCACCAGAUUAAUACCUAUGUGAGUGAUAUGAUAUCUCUCCACCGCAGCCUACCUGAAAGAUGGAAUCCUCUUUGUAAGGACCUGAAGUAUGACUACAGGAGGUUGCCAUCUACCUCAGUGGUGAUUGCCUUCUACAACGAGGCGUGGUCCACGCUGCUACGCACUGUCCACAGUGUCCUGGAGACAUCACCUAACUUACUGCUACGAGAGGUGGUGCUGGUGGACGACUAUAGUGACAGAGCUCAUUUGAAGGAGCCGUUGGAAAACUACAUCUCCAGCUUGAAGAAGGUGCGUCUGAUCCGGGCCAGGAAGAGGGAGGGCCUGGUACGGGCCAGGCUCCUGGGGGCCUCCAUUGCCACGGGUGACGUGCUGACCUUCCUGGACUGCCACUGUGAAUGUCACGAGGGCUGGCUGGAGCCCCUGCUCCACAGGAUAAAGGAGAAGCCAUCGGCUGUGGUCUGUCCCGUCAUCGAUGUCAUUGACUGGAACACUUUUCAGUAUCUAGGCAACUCUAGGGAACCCCAUAUCGGAGGAUUUGAUUGGCGGCUGGUCUUCACCUGGCACCUGGUGCCAGAGUACGAGCAGAAGCACAGACGCUCUGCCAUCGAUGUCAUCAGGUCUCCUACUAUGGCUGGAGGGCUGUUUGCUGUCAGUAAGAACUAUUUCCAUUACCUGGGCACGUAUGACACAGGCAUGGAGGUGUGGGGAGGAGAGAACCUAGAGUUCUCAUUCAGGAUCUGGCAGUGUGGGGGCAGCCUGGAGAUCCACCCCUGCUCCCACGUGGGCCACAUCUUCCCCAAGAAGGCCCCCUACUCGCGGAGCAAGGCCCUGGCCAACAGCGUGCGUGCUGCCGAGGUCUGGAUGGACGAGUACAAGGAGUUGUACUACCACCGUAACCCCCACGCUCGCCUGGAGGCCUUUGGGGAUGUGACAGACAGGAGGAAGCUCAGGACCCAGUUAGGAUGUAAGGACUUCAAGUGGUACCUGGAGAACAUCUAUCCUGAUAUCCACGUUCCUGAGGACAGGCCUGGGACGUUUGGAAUGCUGAAGAACAGAGGCAUGUCCAGCUACUGCUUUGACUACAAUCCUCCUGACGACCAUAACCUGGUGGGCCACCGAAUCAUCCUCUACCCCUGUCAUGGCAUGGGACAAAACCAGUUCUUUGAGUACUCCAGUAAGAGAAGUGAGAUCCGCUAUAACACCAGGGACCCAGCAGGGUGCGCUGUGGGGGACGCCGUCUCCACCUACCUGACUGUGCACCUGUGCAAGAAUCCCCGGCAGCCUGUGCCACAGGACCAGAAGUUUGUCCUCAGAGAGGACGGCACCCUUUACCACGUGAUGACCCAGAAGUGUGUCCAGGCCGUGGACAAGUCGGACAACGGCAGCCGUGCCCCCGCCCUGCGGCCCUGCUCGGACCACGCCAACCAGAAGUGGUUCUUUGAGGAGAGGGGGGAAUAGUGGAGCGAGCCAGACGAAAUCUCUAACACUGGGGUGGAGGAACAACCAAACCCAUAUCCUGUAGUUGAGGGAGAGGGAUGGAGGCCCCAAGACCCAUACUCAGGUCCAGUGUCCCUAUGCUGUGGAGAUAGCCUGGGUCGUUUUCACUAGGAACUAAACAGAAAAAAACUUGCUGAAACGGGGAGGUACUAAUUGAAUUAGUGCAAUUGGAAUCACUUGUUUUUGUUUUCUGUUGCACACUGUUUUGAAUUGUUGUGCCCUAAUGAAUAUUACCCAAGUCAGGCGAAGCAGGAACCGUAUCUAUGCACAACCUUGUGCUUGCUCGACAACGUUUGAUAUUAACACAUACCACAUAUCUGCUUCUCCAAUCUUUUUAUUCAUUUUUAUUAACAUUGUUUGGGUUUUCAAACACAGUUUUACAUCCAUGGAUUUAAUGACAACUAUUGCAAUUGUUCAUGCUGUUAUUUACAUUUACAUUUAAGUCAUUUUAAGUAAUCUUCUUAUCCACAGUGAUUUACAGUACACUAAGUUAUUUUUUUGUUUUGUUUUUCAAUGGUUAAGGGCUGUGUCCACUCACUUCAAUGGGGUAACACCCAUUUGAGGAUGAGGGGUACACCCAUAAAGAAUGAUAGAGGCCCCAAAAGGUCGUAUUUGCAUGGGCAACACCAUUGAGAGCUUCCACCAAUUUAAUGCAGUCAACUGGGUGGGACUUCCAACUUCAUUGGCUGUUCCCUCCUGGUGACCCUGUUGGAUUCAUGUCAUCAAGAGGGAACAGCAAAUAGUUUAGAAGGAAAUGUACUACUUCAAAAUGGAGAUUGUCUUUGCCCCUGGUAGUGGAUGUUUUUGGCAUUGCAGUGUUCUUGACAGAGUGACAGUAUGUACUUACUUGCAUUACAUUGCAGCUGGAUAGCUCAGACUCAACCUCUAGAGGGCGGCAAAGCUUCCAUCUUGUGUGCUGAUCUUUUUCCCACUCCAACCAAUAUGCUCUCAGCUCAGUGACGUGUGUGCAUGGUUCAUUUUUAUUAGUGAUGCAUUUACGUCUGUCCCUCAUUGUAAGGUCAACCCUCUUUUGUGAACAGAACUCUUGUUUUAAUAUGGUGAAACCAUGACCUUUUUUUGAUCAUCUAAUUGUCAAAUCAUAGAGUAAAAAGCUGGUUCUACUCUUUCUGGCCAUUUUCUAUUGUUUUGUGGUGGAAAACUGAGUGGGUAGAUUAUAGAACGUCCACCCUGUUGCCCAUAGAUCUUUAUUUAAUUGUUUUAAACUUGCAUUCAACUGUCACCCCCUGUUGCACAGAACAAGCUUUCAUUCCCCCUGUCACAACAGGAUUGAUGGUGAUUUAAGAAGAAAUCGUUAACCUUGUUACUGUCAACCCUGUUACUUUAUUUGCCACUGAAUAGGCACUUACUAUAUUAAUUUUUUUAUUUAACCUCUUAAGAUGGGAAAACGUGUGUUUUAUGAAGAUGAACAUGUGCUCUUUAGGUGAAAUCAAAAGGUGCCGAAUUGGUGGAAUGACCCAAAACUAUAUAUAUAUAUAUAUAUA